GACUGUGACAGUCGAGAUUGAGAACAAGAAAGAAGUGAGACAGAGAAGCACGAUGGAUGAAUUCAGAUGGAUUCAAAUGUUUUUAUGUCUGAUGCUGAUGAUUCAGAUUGCAGUAUCUGUAAAUGAAACAUCCAUGUUUAUGAAAGUUGGAGAUGACGUCACUCUGCUUUGUCUGAAUGUGAUAGAUGAGCAGAAUAACUGUAAUGGUACUACGUGGGUCUUUACUCCAAGAAACAGAGAAACAACAGUAGAGCUGAUCACACUUGGACAGAUUAGUACAGAAGCCAAGACUAAAUCAGACAGACUGAGUGUUACAGCGAACUGUUCUCUGCUUAUAAAGAAGCUCACAGUUGAGGAUGUUGGUCUUUAUUCCUGUCGACAAUACAAAGUCGAGGAAACACCAUCUAAACACACUCUGGUUCGUCAGUCUUUGGUUCAUCUCUCUGUUAUUACCUUGACUGAACAUAAGAACACUGAUGAGGUGACAUUAAGCUGCUCUGUGGUGACAUAUGCAGAGUGUCAUCACACAGUGAAGUGGCUGCUUAAAGGUCAAGAUGUGGACAAAGAGAACAAACAAUUAGUGACUUCACAGACUGACUGCUCCACCACUCUGUCUGUUCCAAAGUCUCACUUUCUCCACUCAUCAACUGAUAAAAUACUCGACUGUGAGGUGACUGACACUAAAUCAGGAAGAGUACAGGUGUUUAGCCCACAGCCCUCAGGUGAGAAAACAGUUGACCCAAAAACAACAACAAAAAUGAACAGAAAAUCUGAAAGCGACACAACAUCAGGAACAACCACAAUAACAAAAAGUAGUCCUUCCAUAACAGAUCUUUCACUGUACAUCACCGGAGCUGUUGGUUUGGUUAUACUGUUAGUAACAGCUGUGUUUGUCAUCAGAUGGAAGAAAAAUAAAGGAAACAAAACACAGAUGUAUGAAAAUGCUGGACUGAGUUUGAAGCCCACAGAGACUCGGUCUGCUCCUCAAACCAUUCAGGACUUGGUGGAGCCUGAAGUUUCCUAUGCCACCAUCAGCUACACCAAGAAUAGCAACAGUAAAACCCGGGUUCAUCGUGAUGGUGAAGGCGAUGCUGUGACCUACAGCACUGUGAAGGCUCCUUCCUCUGCAUCCACUGCUGAUCCCAGCAACCUCUACUCUACUGUCAAUGUUGCAAUCACAUAGCUCAAGCAGUUGAAAAAAGCACUCGUAUUUAAUGGAAAGGAAAUUUUUGUUUUGACUUGAGGCAGUGUGAUCGCAACAUGUUAAUUAAGUUAUUGCUGUUGUUAGCUAGAUUGCCUCACAAGGUUGUCUUAAUGUUGUUCUCAUGGAUGCUGAGCUUAAUGUUUCCAAGAGAUUUAGUAAAAUGCCGGUUAUUGGAAGAGUGCCGAGCUGAAACCCCCACAGGCAACUCGUGUCCCCCCCAAAGAAACAUCAACACUUAAAUUAAAAAAUAAUCAUUUUUUACAAUAUGUUUAUGAAAUACAGUUGGUUUCGUUGCUACUUUUACAUGUCUAUGAACUGCUCAGAAUCUCUAAGAGACGGCUGGGUGAGCAGAAAACAAUUAUUACACCAAACAGUCAUGUUUAUGUUUCCUUUUUUAGGUUAGCACAAAACUGUGUAAAUAAAUGUCUCUUUCUCUCUUUGUCUCUCAAGACAUUGUAAACAUUUCAUUGUAUAUAACUGAACCAGUAUUUUUCCAUAACUUAAAGCAAGUAUCAAUAUCUACAUGUAUCCAAAAAGCCAUUCAGUUCUGUGUAACUAAAAUAGCAAUAAAAUAAAGAUCUGUCUCUG